CACGCUGAUCUCCGAGCCUGUACCGGAGGAUUCGUUACCUACGCUGUCCAAUAAGCGACGGGAGCGGAUGUGCCUCCUGAAUAUAAAUGAACCACUCCACCAAUCAGGAUGCGGGAGGGCCAAGCUGGAGAGAAGUUCAAAGCGAGUUCUUUGCGAGCGGCAUAUAACAGCGCGCGUCGUUGGCGGUGGCGCGCCGACUAAAAGCAUUCGUUUGCGCGUUUGACAGCUUUGUAAACGCCAGGGGGGAUUUGACAGCUCUUGGAUCCAGCGAUCCGCUGAAUGGAUAAACGUGGGAAAAGGUCAAUAUAAGAGGCUCUUUGGGAUUAAAGUAUUAUCCGGUAUAGUUCACAAAUGUGAGUUGUAAUUUUCAAAGUGCUGGAUGGAGUUGCGGCCUUCCUGCAAUGUCAAGCGACAGUUUUAAAUGAGGUGGAGAUGGAGAAAACUAACAUUUGGGGAUUACGUUUAUUUGACCUUUUCUUACUCGUAUUCCUUUCGAGUUACCCUCUGUGCGGCCAAGGAAGCUGGAUGUGGCUGGGCAUCACCUCUGUCGGGGUAUCCGAGAAGAUGGGCUGCGCAAACCUGCCCCUGUCCAACAAACAGAGGGACGUGUGUAAGCGGAAGCCCUACCUGCUGGCCAGCAUCAAAGACGGCGCGCGCCUAGGCAUCGCGGAGUGCCAGACCCAGUUUAGGCACGAGCGAUGGAACUGCUCUACAACUCGAGACCCGUCUGUGUUCGGCUACGAGAUGACAAGCGGCACAAAAGAGACAGCAUUCAUCUACGCCGUCAUGGCCGCGGGCCUGGUGCAUGCGGUGACGCGGUCGUGCAGCGUGGGCAACAUGACGGAGUGUUCGUGUGACGCCGCGCGGACAGGCAGUGGCUCGCCCAGCGAAGGCUGGCACUGGGGCGGCUGCUCGGACGACAUCGCCUACGGGACGUGGUUCAGCCGCCGCUUCAUCGACCACGCCACGAGGAACGUCUCCGCCCGCACCGGCGAUGCCCUGCUCGCCAUGAACCAGCAUAACAGUGAGGCAGGGAGACAGGCCAUCGCUAACACGAUGCUGACGGACUGCCGCUGCCACGGCGUGUCGGGCUCGUGCGCGGUGAAGACAUGCUGGCGGACGAUGGCACCAUUCGAGCGUGUGGGCAGCUACCUGAAGGAACGCUACGAGAACAGCGUGCACGUGCUGGAGCGGCCGGCGCGGAAGCUUCGCCACAGGGACAAGGAACGGCGCCACGUGGCUGUCAUGCGUGACCAACUCGUCUUCCUCAGCAAGUCGCCCAACUACUGCCUGGAGGACCGGAGGCGGGGUGUGUCAGGCACACGUGGCCGCCGCUGCAAUCGCACGUCCGCCGGUCCAGACGGCUGCGACCUGCUGUGCUGUGGCCGCGGUUACAACACUCACGUGGUGCGUCACGUGGAGCGCUGCGAGUGCAAGUUCGUGUGGUGCUGCUACGUGCGCUGCCGCCGGUGCGAGACCAUGCACGACGUGUACACCUGCAAGUAGAGGGCGGGGAG